AUCACACCAAAAAUAAAAAUAAAAAAAAAAGGUUAAGAAAUAAUGGGAAGGCCUCCUCCAUCUUGUGAUAAAGUUGUUAUCAAGAAAGGUCCAUGGACUCCCGAAGAAGACAUCGUUUUAGUGUCUUAUAUUCAAGAACACGGCCCCGGAAAUUGGUUCGCCGUUCCUACUAAUACCGGUUUGUUGAGGUGCAGUAAGAGCUGCAGGCUGAGGUGGACUAACUACCUGAAACCAGGAAUCAAGAGGGGGAAUUUCACCCCACACGAAGAAGGGAUGAUCAUCCAUCUUCAAGCUUUAUUCGGCAACAAAUGGGCUGCUAUAGCUUCGUACUUACCUCAAAGAACGGACAACGACAUAAAAAACUAUUGGAACACUCAUCUGAAAAAGAAGCUCAAGAAAAUCCAAGCACAAUCACCACCUUUGACCCCACAUGUGGCAUACGAUUCCACAAAACCGAGGAACCACUCAGACCUCAAAAUAACCGAAAACUCUUCGGUUUACGCAUCUAGUUCACAAAACAUAUCGAGUCUCCUUCAAGAAUGGAACAACACUUCCACCACUUGCGAUCUUGAUCGAAAUAUCCGUAAUAUCGGAAAAAUCCCAACUGAAUUUAGUGAUGAUUACUCUACUCUACUCCAAUAUUACAGGCCACAACAACAACAAUUCGACUGCAGUAUUCUGUCGAAAGAUCGUAGCUUUAUCGAAGAGAAGUCGUCUUGCGAUUCUAGUCAGAAGGGUUCUGAUCAAAGCAGUGGACCGAUAACUGAUCAAGAAAAGAUAGACGAUAAUCCGGCGCCAUUGUCGUUUCUCGACGAAUGGCUGUUGGAUGCAAGUGCAAGUCAAGUAGAAGAUAUGGAAAUCCCACAAAUGUUUUAGCUAAGCAGAUUACUGAAUUACUAAUUAAUCUUAUGCAGCUGUGACAGGUGUCCAAGAAUUGGAUCCAUCUGCAGCAGCUACUCUUGUCUUUUUUUUCUUCUUCUUUGUUCUGUCUUAAUUAACUGUUGAUGAUUUCUGUUAAUGGACUAUUUGUAUUAAAUAUAUAUUACUGUAAUUUUGCAGAAGAAAGGAAUAAAAAUAUAUGUAUGAAAUGAUCUAUAUAUUUUUCGAUCCAUGUGAUCUAAUUCAUUGGGAGGGAAACAUGUGAAUUGCUUUCAAUUUUUCGGUGUGGGAUACUGGAGAGGUGGAUUCAUUAUGUAAUAAUAAUUUCUUCUUUUAUGAGGUUAGAUAUGUAAUAAUAAUUAUUUCA